AUCCAGUCACGUGGCUGCCAGAUCAGGUGGACGGUACUCUGCCACUCCUUUGCCGUUCACAUGCAGGGCUACGAGGUAUCGAUUGGACAUACAUGUAGUACAUGUACAGCGGUCUUCGUCAGCCGUCAAACAUGUUGUGUUACAGGACUAUGACCAGGCGCGAGGAUAGGAGCUCACAAGGCAGUGCGUGACUUUUCCCGUCGUCGAAGGGCAUAUGUACAUUACCGGGAAGACAGCUUGCGCGGACUCUGUUGUUAUCAGUGGUAAUACAAUCCAAACCUCUUGAGCCUUCGGUCCACUAUCGGUUACCUCCGUGUACAUAUUAACGCUACGGAGGACUGCUACUACCGCAUCGUUGUGUGAGCAUAAGUCAUGCAGCAAGCCAUUUCGAGGACGAACAUUUCUCUCAUGCCGUAGCUAUGAAGCCGAGUAGCACUGUGGGGAUUUGUUUGGCUCUAGUCACUGCGAUGCUCUGCUUCUCCAGGAAGGGAGUCCAAGGAAAGUUCAGCUUCCAGCUGGACGUUCAUGGUGCGGGCAGUUUGGGGGUGUUCGUGGACGGAGUGGAGGUCAUCAGACAUACACCGGGAUCGCCGUUUGUGUUUGUUGGGAACGGGCUAUUCUCGUUCCAGGGGAACCUUGGUAACUUCGUCAUCGAAGACUACAUCCAGGAGCGCAUUGCGCUGCGGGAUUUCAUUGUCGCAGAGGAGUCGGACGAACUAACUCGAAUUAUCUUCCAUCGAGAUGGACUCAUGAAGACAACAGUAACUUUUACCACGGAGGACUACAGCCUAGGUGACGUCAUUACUUUUGAGGCUCUUCCUGCUGACGUUAAUCACGUCUGGGCUCGGCUCUUCGCCGAGGCCUGUGAGCACGUGUACGGAGGCGGGGAACAGUUCUCUUACUUUGACCUCCGAGGUCACACCUUCCCGCUGUGGAUCCAGGAACAGGGCGUCGGUCGAAACAAAAGUACUGAAGUGACGUUCAAGGCGGACCGGAGGAAUGGAGGGGGCGGGGACUACUACACCACCUACUGGGCCCAGCCCACCUUCACGUCUUCGCGCAAGUACAGCUGCCACUUUGACACCACCAGCUACUUCGAGUUCGAUUUCCGCCACCCGGACUUCCACGAGGUGCAGAUCUGGAACAAUCGGCCCGGCAAAAUCUACUUCGGCGUCGACGACACUUUCAUCGGGCUGGUGGGCAAAGUGACGGCUUUCUUGGGGCGACAACCGCUGAUGCCGCUGUGGACGCAGGGCGGCGCCAUUUUGGGCGUUCAAGGAGGGACGACUGCUAUGCUGGAGUACCUUAAAGGGGCGCAGGGAAAUUCAACGCUCGUUAGCGGUCUUUGGAUUCAAGACUGGGUGGGUCGAAUCAAGACUUCGUUCGGUCGAAGGCUGUUCUGGAACUGGGAAUGGAACCGGGAACAAUAUCCCAACUUGGACACUGAAAUCGUGCGCCUCCGGGAGCAAGGGGUGCGAGUCUUCGCCUACAUCAAUCCAAACCUCAACCGUGAGGGAAGUUUGUUUAAGGAAGCUGAGGAACAGAACCUCCUGGUCAAGAACUCGUCCGGACAGACCUAUUUGGUGGACUUUGGCGAGUUCUUCUGCGGCAUUGUGGACAUGACCAAUCCCGCGGCCUUUGCGUGGUAUAAGGGAAUCAUCCGGAAGAACAUGAUCGACUUGGGCUUUGCAGGAUGGAUGGCUGAUUUCGGUGAAUACCUGCCCACUGACGCCGUGUUCCACAGCGGGCAGCCCGGUGAAGAGCUACACAAUCACUGGCCUGUACUGUGGGCCAAAUUGAACCGGGAGGCUGCAGAAGAUGCCGGCUUGGUGGAAGAGUUGCUGAUCUGGAUGCGUGCAGGGUUUAGCGGCUCGCAGCGGUACUGCACCAUGUCCUGGGCCGGGGAUCAGUUCGUAGACUUCAGCCUGGCGGACGGCUUGGCCUCGGUCAUACCCGCUGCGCUCUCGCUCGGCAUGUCAGGGUUCGGGCUGAGCCACUUCGACAUCGGUGGGUACACUUCGAUGUUUGGCAUCGGCCGGACCAAAGAGCUGUUGCUUCGGUAUGCCGAGUUUGCAGCCUUCACUCCGGUCAUGAGGACGCACGAGGGCAACCGACCUUCUGCCAACUGGCAGUUCUACUCCAGCACGGACACGAAUCUCGCUUUUGCACGUCACACCAAGAUCUUCAACGCUCUCGCCAACUACACCCAAGCUGUGGUCCGCGAAAAUACGGAGAGUGGAAUCCCGGUACAACGCCCUCUGUUCAUGCAUUAUGAAAAUGACCAGAAGUCGUACAACAUUAAGUACGAAUAUUUAUACGGCAGGGAUCUCUUGGUGGCCCCCGUGUACAACGAAGGGGUGGACACGUGGUCGGUCUACUUACCCCCUGAUAACUGGGUCUUCUUGUGGGAUGGCCAGGAGUAUGACGGUGGAAGUACAGUUACUGUUCCGGCACCCUUGGGGAAGAUUCCGGUUUUCUACAGAAAGGGCUCCCCCUGGACGACGGUCUUUAUAAAAUUACGCAAGAGUGCAGUGCCAAGUGUCUCACCUGCGACCAGCACCAAGGAACCGACGAGGAGUGGGCCAGCAGAGGGCGGGCUUCUCCAUACUCUUGCCUUGGCAGUGAUGAUGGCGCUGUUGCUUGCGUUGACAAGAUGGUACUGUGGAAGACGCUGAACUGACAUAAAAAGUCUAAUGUCCCUAAACAUUGCUUACUUUGGUGACGACUUGAUUACAAUGUGCAUUGUAUUAGACCUUUCAAAUCUUAGAGUCUAAUACGUGCGUUAAGCUAUGACAACUUGGAUUCAGGAUAGAACUAUUUGAAGUAAUAUAGUUUAAAAAGGACUUGGAGUUUUGUAAACAAGAAAACUUACAUUUUUAUCAAUAUAUAUCAUCGUUGCAAAUAUAUUGCUACCAUGCAUUAAGUGCCUAAAUUGCAAUAUAGAUUGUAAUUGGAAUCGCUUGGACCAAGAAUCUGUUUUAAUUUUUUAAGUAAUCUGUAUUUGACAGAUGAUGUGACCUUUAAGAUGAUGGAAUAAAACGGGUUAACUGUUUGGAA